AAGGGUUGCUUUAUGAGGCCUCGUGGGCUCAUCUAUUCCCUCGUUCUCUCUACUGUGCCCACGAGGGCCUGGGAGUCAAUUCUCAAUGUGCCGAGUCGGAAGGGUUUGCUGCCCGCGGCGGGCGGUGGUCAGGAUCCACAAGAGCAGUUUAUGUUGUGCCGUAGACGGCGAGCAGGAAGUGUCGUAGCCCUUGGUUCGUGGUCAGAAGAGGUAUGCCGAGGGACGGGUCAGUUGCGGAGUAGAGCUGAUUGCCAUGCUCAAGGCCACUGGCACCGCAGUGUCCAUAUAUGGUUUUAUAACCCGGACGAAAGGGAAGUUUUGGUGCAGAGGAGGAGCCUUCUCAAAGAUACGAAUCCUGGUCGAUGGGAUGUAUCCGUUGGUGGUCACGUGGCGGGCUACGAUGAUGUGAUGGCAUCAGCAGUGAGGGAAGUCCGAGAGGAGCUGGGCGUGUCUGUCAAGCCUUCAGACCUUGAGGAGGUCGGCGUGGUAGCCACCGAGGCCCGAGGGCCUGGAUAUAUAGAUCGGGAACUCAAGCACAUAGCGAUAUACCCCUGGCGAGGUCGUCUGCAGCAGCUACAACUCGACCCAGCAGAAGUUACUGAGGCGGAGUGGAUGCCGUGGGUGGAGGUUCAUCGGAGGCUCAUACGAGGCGAUAGAGAAUUCGUGGCAUUUAAUCGUGAGUAUAUCGACCUUCUGAACCAUGUACUGUUGCAACGAUUUCAUUCCUUUCAUUAGC